AUGACACAGACAGAAGCCUCUGUGGCUUUGAGGCCCUUCUACUUUGCCGUUCAUCCCGACAGGCUAGUUAUUUUUGUUGAAGUCUUUGCUAAAAAAAAAUCGAACUCUUCUAAGAAUUUGGAUGGUAGAGAUAAAAAAGUUCAAAACGAAUUUGAUGACUUAACCAGUUCAGGUUUGCGUCGCACCCACAAAUUAGGAAACAAAACGAAAGGUCCCUGCAGGUCGGUUAAAAAAUUUUAAUUUUUCAAUUUGAUAGCUCUCUCACUUUGAGGCGACAUUUAUAAGCUUCUCAUUUCAACUUAAUUCCAAUAAAUGUUAAAUCCAAAUAAUCAUGUGGCCUCCAUCUGAAAGGUCACUUAAAAAUCAGUUUCAAGAUCUUCAAUGGCUACAUCAGCGACUUAUUUCCGGUUUCAAACGUCAUCCAACCUGUCAAAGUGAUUUUUUUUUCUUCCUCAUCUUUUUCUGCCAAGUUUUGUUUGCCUCAUUAUCUUAUCACAGGUCAAGUUUUCCAUCGCUGACAAACAAGCCAACUCCUUUAGAGAAAUCGAUCUGCAUCUGGUUGGCACAGAUCCGAUCAAUAUUGUUAGGUUCGUGAGACAAAAACCUUCAAAUUGAGGAAAAAUAACAGGAAGGCGUUGAAAUCUUGCGACUUGAACACGAGAGAUAUUGAGAAAGCAAGGUCGAGUUCUUCAAAGGCUGCAGAAAAAAGAGCUGGAGCCCCUUUUACAAGUGGAUUCUCAUACGACAAUGAUUUGUUGAAAAGGUUGGGUUUUUUAAAAUCUUUGAUGAAACAGGAUAUUGUAUCAUGUUCCAAACGACAUUUCACAAAUCAAUAAAAAAAUGAUCAAUACAGCUUGUUUGCCUUUUUUUUCUGCAAAACUGUGAAAAAAAAAUAAAGGUCUUGUAACGAAGUUUGACCAAGUUUGGUCCGAAUUUUUAAAUGGAUAUAGAGAAAGAAUGGCCUUUCUUAUGGUUAUGUCAGGAAUUUUCAUAGUUGAAUUGUAAACUUUUAUCUAAAAACAUAAUUUUAGCUACUUGCGGAAAAAAGGCAAAGCGUCGGCCUUGAAUCUGGCGGAGGCGUUGACCCGAUGCCGAGCAGAAGCAAGUAGUCAGGCUAAAGAAGCGGCGGAGUUUCGGGUCUCAAUAAAAGAAGACAUUGAUGAGCUGAAGUCUCGGACAGGACUCAGAGAUGUGAGUCCAUAUUUCCAAUUGGCUUGAUGAUUUUGUUCAGAUAUUAUGGGAAAUCGACUGGGCCGAAAAGCAUAUUCGAAGGUGCCUGUCAAAUAUGCACCGUUUUAUCGAUCAAGCCAACGCCGAGACCAAACAAGUCAUUCUUCUCGCUUUGUACAAAAAUGUUUUGAGGCGAGUUUAAAGCAAUCUUUUUUGAUUUUUACUUCCAAAGACCGUUAUCGUCCUUUAAAAUGAAAUUUUGUGGUUUUUCUUUUUUUUCUCUUAUAUUUCAUUUAUUCUUACUGAAGUCUUUAAUUCCAGUUGAAACUGAAAUUUUCAAAAAGCACGUGAAAGUGAAAUUGAAAAGAAAGCUUCGGACUCGUCCUGAAAUUCUUCUAUCAAGUUUUGCUAUGAAAGAUUAGAUUGAAAAUGUUUUUGAUUCAAAUUUAAAUCUGGAAAAUUAUAUUUUAAAUGUUCAAUUAUGAAACCCUGUCUUGUAAAGAUGAUUCUAUUUUCUGUAUGGGCUCACAAAUAUACAAAAUAGAAAAACAAGUUAUUUGACUUUCUUUCAGAUUUGGCCGUGGUUCUUUUACUUGCUGCGACGGAUCGAUACAACUAGGGGCGGAUAAUGUUCCAGAACAAUGGGAAAAAGUGAUUUUUACCAUUUCUAACAAAUUUUCCGUUCAUUUUCCCAUAAUACUUUUAGGCCUGUUCUGAAUAUCAAGUUCGAAAAUGUCAAAUCGCUGAACUCAAAGUGUGCGUAGAUCAACUGCAAUCCACAUUCGGCGGAGCCACAAUCCUAACUCCUUAUUAUAAAGGACUGGCGCAGACCGUCUCUCAAAUACAAUCUCUGAUCAUCAGGUUCAAUGUUUUUAGAACAGCCAAGAAAUUAAUAAAGGAAAUCUCAGGGUCUGGAAUCGAGAAGCGCUAUUAGUUCGUUUGUCUCAGGCGGCAGCAGGAACCACCAUGGAGGUUGGUUUUCUCAUUCAGUAAAUUUUCCUUCUUAUUUCGUUAAAUUUUUAAACAUUGCUUCUCAACUUCAGAAAGUUUUUCCCAACAAUUUCUGCAACGUUGUCCUUAUCUAUUUGUCCACAUAAAACUACAAAGCUUCAAUUUUUCAACAUAGAUACGUAGAUACGUUUAAUUUUCAAUUUUGUCCUAAAGGAAACACUUGAAAUUUUCGUGAGACGGUUAGAUUGAAAUUUCAACUUUGAAUUUAUCUGAAGAAAAAACGCAUACAACCAUUAGGUGGUCACUUCCUACGACGAGCUCUCGAUUGGAAUCGACGGCCGUCUUCUGAUUCCCUGCAAUGUUGACGUCGCCUCUCUUGUUGUUUUCUUAGAAGAAAACGCUCCGAAAUCCCUCCAAGUGCAACGCGAAAUGCAGAAAACUCUUGUAUGGGACAUAUUCAAAAUUUCUGUCCAAUAUCAUAUUUUUCAGGAGGAACUCGAACUGGAAAUUGCCAAGUGCAAAAGCGACUUGGGACUCGUAAAACUGGAAUGGGAACCGGCUCUUCAACUGGAAGUCGUUUUGGACAGCGUGAAGCGGCUUCGAAAAGCCAACGAAGAAACUAAACGGGUCGUUACUGGUCUUUCCCUGCUCCUUUCUCAAAACCCCACGGUCCAUUCCCGUCCAGAUGGCACUGUUUCUAUUCCUUAUAAUUGGAAAUAA